AUGGCGCCUCCCCUUCUGCUCCUCCUCCUCCCUCUCCUCGCCGCCGCCACGCCGCCCGCCUACCGAGACGAGCCUCCGUCCUGCGCCGCCGCGGCCGCGCCGGUGCCUGUGCCGGAGCGACGGGAGGCGCACGGCGGGGGGCGCAUCCUGGACAUCACCCACUACUACCGGGAGGACAUGCCCUCCUGGGAGUCGGACGCCGGGAUCGGCCAGUUCCUGUGGUUGCCCGCCUCCAUGCGCAACGGCUCCCUCGCCAACAACUCCGAGAUGCGGAUGCCCACGCACACCGGCACCCACGUCGACGCCCCCGGCCACGUCUUCCAGCACUACUUCGACGCCGGCUUCGACGUCGACACCCUCGACCUCGACGUCCUCAACGGUCCUUCACUGUUGGUUGAUGUUCCAAGGGAUCAAAAUAUUACUGCUAAAACAAUGGAAUCUCUACAAAUUCCUAAAGGUGUUCAGCGUGUACUAUUUAGAACAUUAAACACUGACAGGCAGCUAAUGUGGAAGAAAGAGUUUGACACAAGUUAUGUGGGCUUUAUGAAGGAUGGUGCCCAAUGGUUGGUAGAUAAUACAGAUAUCAAGCUUAUUGGAAUAGACUAUUUGUCUGUUGCAGCUUUUGAUGACUUGAUCCCUUCACAUUUAGUUCUUCUCAAAAACCGGGAUAUCAUUCUUGUCGAGGGUCUCAAACUGGAGAAUGUCAACCCUGGGCUAUACUCUGUGCAUUGUCUGCCACUUCGGUUGCGUGGAGCUGAAGGUUCGCCGAUCAGAUGCAUCCUUAUAAAGUGAUGAAAUUGUUGUUAUGUCUCCCGCCGCAUCCUUGUUUGGUACAACACAAGCAAUUUGCCUCUCUUGAAAAUCAUGUGAAUAGCUAGCCAAUAUAUGUUGUUUCCUUAUGUUACAGUAGGCUAAAUGCUGAGUACAUAUGCUGUCAUAUCAUCAUGUAUGGGUAAACCAGAUCUGUAAUCCAUUAUUUUGGACACAAGCUCUGAUAUCAUCAUGCUAUAUUAAUAUUUCUCCUAUGUA